AUGUCACACAGGUUAAAGUUACAGCGCUAUCAGAACCCCACCAGGCCUGAUGACUUGGAGGGUGGUCUGAGCAGUCAGGAGAGGACACUGGCUGUGCUGCUGGAGCAGGCCUUGAGGAUCAAACAGGAGGUGGCAGCAGGUCUGCAGUCCGCCCAGGGCUCCGUCCAGGUCGAGGCACUGUCCCGCAAGCUGCUGGAGAAUCACAUGCUGACCAUGACAGGCAUUGUCAAGCAGCUUAGCAUGGACAUACAGGCCCUGGAGAGACAGAUCGCCCAGCGGGACUCCGUCACCUCUGGAACCACAAUGGCUGUUCAAAGCCUGGACCUGAAGAACGUGGCUGGCAUUGGAGACCUGAGAGGCAGAGUAACCAGCUAUUAUAUCAGGUGUGAUGCCGGCAUCGCCAAGCUGAGCGCUGACAUGAGCUCUGCGGAGCGGCGGUUGAUUAGACUGCAGCAGGAGGUGGCAGAGCUCAGGUCAGCCGCGGACGUACGGCUCAAAGAGCUGCAAGUCAAGGUUUAUCACGACCUGUGGAGGCUGGAGGCCUCAUUGGCAGAGAAUUCCCAGGAACAAAAGAUCUCUACGGCUGAUCUGCAGACACAAGUUAAACUACUAGAAGCCAGGAUAUCAGGUGAACUGAAGGAAGCCAAGGAGCAGACAGAUUCGCUGAGGAGGCGGACAGAACAACAGCUCAACAGCUUAGCCCAGACUCAUACGGAAAGCAGCCAGCAGCAGCGCAUGCAACUGCAGGACACAAUGUUAGAGGCAGAGUCUAGAUCAGCUGUCCGGCUAAGUGCUCCAGAGGCCCGUGUGGAGCAGUUUGAGGCCCAGCGGGGUCAGACCAACCGGCGUCAGGCAGAUCAGCUGAAACUCGGUAGAAGAGAGACCUCAGUGGAGAGCAGCCUUCGCCAGGAGCUGCAGCUGCUCAAACAGGAAUACCACAAAGAACUUGACAGGACAACAUCCCCUGUCAUCCACAUCUCUAAAUCAGGAUGUCAGUGCAGUUCUCUGGCUGGGAGGUGGUCGACGAUGGUGCUUCUGGUGUGGAGCUGGAGGCGUCCCAGAGACCACGAAACCGGGGCGUCUACACCAUGUACCACGGGACCAGUGUUGCCAGCGCAAGGCUCAUCCUCACCAAUGGUUUUAAACCGUCAUCGAAUGGCAUGCUGGGAAUGGGCGUCUAUGUCAGUCGUAACAUAAAAAAGGCGGCUCAUUAUCCAUUGAACAGUAGCAUUACAGACCGCGUGGUGUUUGUGUUGCAUGUGCGCGUUGGCCGUGUCAAGCGUAU